AUGGAUACGUACAACGAGUAUCUUCUGGAGAAGAUAUGCGAGUUGUUUCCACGUAAAGAGGCAGAGGUUUUUAUUGAGGAGAGCGAAAAGCAAAGGCCUACAACGAUACGAAUCAAUACGCUUUUGAAGCGUAGAAAAGACGUGUCGAAGCUCUUACGUGGAAGGGGUGUGGAUAUUGACGAUCUCAGCUGGACAGACAGCGGAUGUGUUAUCUUCAAGUCCUCUGUUCCUAUUGGGGCCACGCCCGAGUAUCUUGCCGGAUACUAUUGUCUUCAAGGAGCUGCAUCGAUGCUCCCGGUCCUUAACAUGGAGCUCAAAGAGGGUCUGACUGUUGUUGAUUUGUGCGCAGCACCUGGGGGGAAGACAACACACAUUGCUGCACUUAUGGAAAACACAGGGACGAUCUAUGCAAACGAUAUGAACGAGGAGAGAAUAGCAGGAUUAAAGAGCAACGUACAGAGAAUGGGGGUGAAGAACUGCAUAAUAAUGAACAUGGACGGAAGGAAGGUGAAUGUUGGAAAGGUAGAUAGGGUUCUGGUGGAUGCACCGUGUUCUGGGACCGGAGUGAUAUCGAAGGAUCCGUCAGUGAAGACCAACAGAACAAGAAGUGAGAUAGAUAGAAUGGUUACGCUUCAGAAAGAACUGAUACUUCAUGGAUUUGAGAUGCUGAGGCCUGGAGGGAUACUGAUGUACUCGACAUGUUCUGUGCUUGUCAAGGAAAACGAGGAGGUUGUUAAUUAUCUUCUCAACAAAUGUCCUUCCGCCCGAAUGGCCCAAUGCGAGAUAGACAUUGGAAAGGAUGGAUUCAUGAGUUUCAAGGGAAGAAACUACAACGGGUCUCUCAAGAUGGCUAGAAGGAUCUAUCCACAUGUGCACAACAUGGACGGGUUCUUUUAUGCAAAGAUUCAGAAGAAGUAUUAA